AAGAAGCUUCUAGAGUUUUAAUGGAUGCUUUGUAUGAGAGUAAAAAAGUAAAAGAUAAUUUUUUCAUUGGAAUAUGUUAUGAAAAUUUUGGACUUAUAUCUCAAGAUUUGAAAAAUUACAAUAAAGCUGUUUCAUUUCAUAAAAGAGCAUUGGAAUUAAUGAAACAGUAUGGAGAUCAAGCACAUAUUUCUAAAGGCAAUCUUUAUUUUGCACACGAUUUAUGUUUGAUACAAGACUUUGAAAAGGCUGUUUAUCACACCAAAGAAAGUAUUUUGGGGGCCGAAACCUUGCGUUUAAAAAUGGGAUCAGAUGAUGCAUCAAAAGUUUCUAGUUUUGAUAAUAGACAAAUAUCAGUGUUCAAUUUUUUGAUUUACCAAUUACUGGUUCAAGGAAAAAGUGGACAAGCUCUUUCAGUUUCAGAAUUAGCUCAUGGUAGAGCAUUAUCUGAUAUGUUAGCUUACAAGUUUAAAAGCUCCUUGGAGUUAUCAAACAAAACUUGGCUGUCAGAAGAAGAUAUAAUUUCUAAAUCAAGACUGGAUAAUAUGUUUCUUGAAGAGGAAAUACCUUCAUUCUACAUUUCCACAGCAAACAGAUUUCAUACAACAAUUUUGGUAUAUUCUCUUAUUAUGUUGGCUGAUCACCCUUGGUUGUGCAUUUGGGUAAUUAAACCUAUAGAAUUCUUGAAAUCAGGUGAAUCUAGUAUUCAUUGUAUUAAAGUUCCUGGGGAUAAAAUAUUUCCGAGUAACAAGACAGAGCGAGACAGGUUGUUUGCUAAGAUAUCAAAAUAUACUACACAAAUUUCACAUGGAAAGACAUCUAAAGAAAAAACAACUGCUGAAUGUAACCAAGGACCAAAUGAAGCCAAAUGUUCUCCUGAAGAUAAAGCUACUGCUAGAGGACAGAUGGAACGUAUUACACUUUCUAAUUCCAUAGAAAAUGAGAGCUAUGAAGCAUUACGGCUCUUCUAUGAUGUUUGUAUUGGUCCAGUUGCUGAGUUCCUACCCAAUCCAGAUGAUCAUAAUGUCACAAGAAUUACUGUAAUUCCAAGUUCCUGGCUCUUUAAAGUUCCUUUUUGUGCUCUUAUUAGCCCAUCUAAAAGAUACUUAAUUCAAGAUUAUAUUAUAAGCUAUACCCCAAGUUUACGAUCCUUUCUGCUUCUUCGUCAUCGGUUGGAGGAAAGAGAAAGAAAUUUGAAAAACAGAAAACUUAAAGUAGUUGCCAUUGGUAACCCUAAGACUGCUUCUUGUUGGGAACUAGAAGAACUUCCAGGUGCAGAAAAUGAAUUGAAAUGUGUUCAGAAUAUUUUUGGUAUAGAAAGUUGUCAUGUAAUUGAUAAAGAAGCAGCAACUAAAGAAGAGAUUAUGAAAUGUAUGAAAGAGGUGGAUGUUUUGCAUGUUGUUUCUCAUGGAGAUACUGAGGAACCUGUAGAUUGUUCUGAUGAAGAUCCUUUGAACUUUUUCUUUCCUGAUACUUAUCUGAUGAAAGGAUGUCUUUUUCUGUCUCCAGAUGGUAAUAAGUGUAAUGGUCUAUUAUGCAGUAGAGAUUUACAGGAUCUCUUCUGUGAUAUAUCACUUGUUACCCUCAGUUGCUGUAAAACAGGAAGUGGGCAGGUAACCAAUGAUAGUAUUCUUGGCCUGUAUCGAGCUUUUCUUGUUGCUGGAGCAUGUGGUGUAGUAUCCUCCCCUUGGUUGGUCAGUGAUGCUAUUACACCAUAUUUCAUGGAUAAUUUCUAUCGUUGUUUUCUAGUAGACAGAGAUGUUCCAAAAGCACUGAGGUCUGCAAUGUUGAAUUUGAUUGAAGCAAAUGUUAGCUGGAAAAACUGGGCAGCAUUUUCAUACACUGGUGCUUUGUCAUUAGUAUGAGUGCUAUGAAAAAUUUAAUUCCAUGACGUGAGAGGGAGAAAAGUCAAAAAUUAAGUAGAAAACUAAUGAAGUGGAUAUGCUUGAAUAUUAUUAAGAAACAUUUAAUAAUGUAACAGUUUUGUUUUAUAAAUAUAACAUACUUGACCUGGUUGUUUUAAUUAACUAAUAGUGUAAAGUUGAUCUUUAACCUGUAAUUUGUGGCAGAAUAGGUCAGUUUUUAAUUUUAUAGUGUGAACCAACAGUAUUCUAUUUAAAACAUAAUGAUACUUAAAUGAAAAUAAACAGAAAUAAUAUGAGAAUCAUCCAUGAAUCAAGCAUUACUAACUGUUUAAUAAUAACAAAAUGUGGAUUAUUAAUUUACUUUGUUUAAAGAUAAUUUUUAAAAGGAGAAAUUUAAACUUUAUAUUUCGUGAAUUAGGAACCUUGUUUACUAAGUUUCCGUUUCUAAAGAUUUUCUCUUUAAUAAAAUACCACUAAUAAAGUUGUUUUAGAGAAAUAAUUACAGGAGAUGUUAUUUUUUAUUUAUGUUACACUUGUAUAACAGUGGAUUUUAUCUAGUUUAAAAAUUAUAUAGAAAAAUGAAUAAAUUCUUAACUAAAAUGAAGUUAGUUCAGCUUGAUAAACUACUGCACAAAUUAAAUUUUAAAGUAAAAAAAUUAGUCGUUUUUUUAUGAUAAAUAAUAUAAUGCUACAAUUUGAAGUUGUCUGAGAUUGCGAAAAGGUUUGACACAGCCUCAAAUAUUUGUCUUAUUUUUGAGCAUUUGUACUAAAAAUUAUAAUCAUUACCUAUUUAUUCGGUAGUUGUCGGGAUAUUUGAAAUUACAUGUAUUGCAAUUGAGGUGUUCUCAUAAGUCCUUUCUAUAUUUUAAUAAUAUUUUAAAAAUACUAUUACAAAUAACUUGUACACAGAAGAACUUAAACCUCUAAAAGUAAAAACUGAAGUUCAUUGAAAAUAUUACAAUUAGGGUUGCCACCGUAAGUUAAAACCUGACCCUGAGAUUUUAAAAGAACGAAGUGGGUAGGUCGUAAAAUAAUAUUUUUAAGCACUUUUAUCUUAACCUGACAUAUUCAUUUAUAUAUUAAAAUCACAAUAUGAAUGGAAGUAAUUGAUCGAUUUAGUGAGUGUUAAUAAUAAUAGUUAAGACCACUUUAAGUUUCUAAAAAUUUUAAAUAUAUUUUUAGUUUAUUAAUAAAGUAUUUAAAUUUAGUGCGAUUUUAUAAAUAUAUAAUGGAUCUACUUUGUAAUGCUAAAAGGAGUUAUUAAACUUACAGUAGAUUUUAUCUGUUGCCUAGACUAGUCUAGUCUAAUAACGACUGCAUGAAGAGGCGUAAAUACGUGAUUCUACGACCAUAUACCAUAUAAAUGUUGUUUGUUUAUUAUUAUUUUUUUGCUUAUCUUGUUUUAUUUCCAUAAACAAUGUUUAUUAAUUAUAUAGGAACAUACAAUACAACAUAAAAAAAUAUUAUUUGGCAACUUUGAACAUAAAAGUAUACUUUUUAUUGCUCAUGGCGCUUUUUAACAAGUCGAUUUGCUCAGUUUUACUAAUAAAUUUUAGGCACGUUUGCAGGUCAUAUUAAAAUUAAUUUGUAACAAAGUUACGUUUUAACUAAUUCCAAUCUUGUUUUAGUACUCUCAUCCGCCCCAAUUUUUAAGGAAAAAUCCUUUCCAAAAAAGCGCUACUUAAAGGAAUUGAUAAUUUUUCUUGCUACACAUCUUUAUAGUUAUGUAAACUGCUCUUUGUCAUUAAAUAUUUGUAUCCAAUUAAUUUUAAUACCAACUGGAGUAUCAGGUGAUUUAACUCAUAAUUGGUAACCCUAUUAAAGUUAUAACUUAUAUUUUCGUUUUAUAAAUUUAACGCCGAAAAAAAAAAUAAACGGGUUGUUUUCGUAAUCAUAUCAUUUUCUUCAAUAUUCCAUGUUUCUAUUAAACACUUGAAUUGCCUUAUGUACAAAUACGUCUUUAUCUCGUUGCUUAGGGCCUGGCAUGGCUUGGUAGUUAGACCGAUCUACUCGCAAUCUAAGUGUUGUGGAUUCCAAUCUCUCUCACGCCGAAUAUACUCGCCCUUUCAGUCGUUAUAAAAUACGGUCAAUUCCAUUAUUCGUUGAAAAAAGCAGCCCAAAAGUGUUCGGUGGGUGUGUUGACUAGUUGCUAAAUUAUGGACGGCUGGCGCAGAUAGCCCUCGUGUAAUUCAAAACAAACCAGUCUUCAUAAAAGUCGAUGACGUUAUUCUGAAUACCCUUUUACAUGCGGAAAUAUGUCAUUGCAAUAGGAAAAAUUUUAGAUUGCCCUUAUUGGAGACAUAAGUUGCGACGAAAAAUAGUAGAGGACUAUUAUUAAUAAUACCACAGGUCAUUUUCUGUAGUGUAAUUUCUAUUGAUAUGGAAAAAAGUGUAUUUUCUACUAAACUUUCUGCCUUGGUUCUUUUGCAGUGGAUUUGUUUUUUACACAAAUGUGAGGCAAAAUAUACUGAUGUAAUAAGUUUAAUAUCACAAUCUGUACUUAGAUAGUUAUGAUGAUGAUUAAAAACAUGGUAUACUUGUG